AUGGACAACCUCCAAGCCAUCCAAAAAUACCUGGAACGCGAGAUCAUCCUCAACCCGACAUACAAACAACCCCUGAUCCUUCUCAAAGCCAUCCGCAAUGGCGCCGUCUACGGCACCAAAGUCCGCUUCCCACACGCCCUCGUCAUGGUCUUCCUCUUCCGAUCCGGGACGCUCAGAGAGAAGCUAUGGCUUACAUUAAAAGCGACACGGCAACAUGCCAUGAACUUGGCCAAGUUCGCUUUCCUGUACAAGAGCGGCUGCUUAUUGUUGAAGAACGCCAAUGGCGGCAAGGAAGAGAGCAUGCACACGUUCCUCGCUGGCUUGUUUGGCGGGUACUGGGUGUUUGGACAUGGCAAGGGUGCGAGCAGUUCUGUGAAUCAGCAGAUCUGCAUAUACGUGUUUGCGAGAGUUGUGCUGGCGUUGGCGAAGCUUGCUGUGCAGCCACCGGGAGAUAACAGCUUGGUGGCCGGGAGCUACGGUGGGCACGGAGGGAAGAGCGUGCUCGGGUUGAAAGAAGGGCAGCUCAAGGCUAUUCAGCAAUACAGCUGGCCGGUGUUUGCCUCCUUCAGCUGGGCAGGAGUGAUGUGGCUCUUCCGAUACUACCCGGAGACGCUGCAGCCGAGUCUGCGGAACAGCAUGACCUAUAUUUAUGACAAUGCGGAAAAAUGGGACUCGACGAGGAAUUUCUUGGUGCACAACAAAUGA